GUGGUGCUCAGGAAAUUUAAACUGUCAGUGUCAGUCUGCAGUUUACUGGCAGCUUAUAGCUCAUCUCAGGUAAAAUUAAUUAUCUGGAGUCGAACUGGAUACUGUGUUUUCCCAGCUGUGACAAGCAGAGAGUGGAACAUCCCGAAUCGCAAGUUGCAUUCAUUCACCCGCAGUGAACGAACCACAGACUGUGAGCGUCUGCAGCAUGUGGUUUUCAGGAGAAGGAUCAGGACAAUCAGACCCCGUCUGGCCAGAUUCUGGAGGUGCUGCAUCCAACCCAAACCAACCAGUAUGGCCCAACUCUCAAUCUGGAGGAUCUGGUGGGUGGGGAGGUCCUUCUCCUGCACCUACACCUACACCUACACCUGCACUGCCAUCUACACCUGCAGGCCGACGUAAUUUGACAGUUCCUCAUAGAAUGAAUAUACUUAAUGGAGCUUAUGACGGACAGCUCUUUGCAAUUAAAGGAGUCAUUAAACCCAACGCCAAGAGGUUCGUGGUGGACAUAUGCACCAAAGGGGACAUUGCCUUCCACUUCAACCCCCGGUUCAACGACGGCGGUCGGCAGGUGAUUGUCAGGAACAGCUGCCGGAAUAAGAAGUGGGACAAGGAGGAGCGAGAGCUGUCAGGAUUUCCCUUUGUUCCUGGUGAACAGUUUGAGAUGGAGAUCUUGUGCACUUCCUCCGAGUAUAAGGUGUCCGUCAACGGUUCCCCACUGCUGACUUUCAAACACCGCAUCUCUGACCUGAGGUCCAUCAGCUCCUUCUGCAUCUAUCACGACCUGGACUUGAUCAGUGUCGACCUGAGGACUCAGUAGAGAGAAACAGCCAGGGCCUACCAGAAGUCCAGGAGAGACUCGGCAGUGAGCUGCUGGAGAUCCACAUUGAGACUAUUAGGCACUUAUCACCCUCUGUAAGAAACUCAGUUCAGCAGAACGUCAGAUCAGCAGUUCUACAUCUUCAAUUUUCUCAUUUUGAAUUGAGUUUUUUAGAAACCAGAGACAGAAACAUUAAAACAACAAGAAAACAA